CCAUUUAGAUAGACCACAAAUAUCAAACAAGUAAGAGUUUAUAAAAUGUGUGUGUGCGUGCGGGUGAGUGACAGAGAGUAGUGCCUGUAGGCGGCCCUUGCGACACUAGUCAGCCGGACCCUGGUCUAUAGUAUUUACAUGUCAUCAUGACAAGUCCUCUGCCUGAAGAAAGAAACAUUGGAUUUCAAGUCUUCCUCAUUAACUUCUCAAGUUCCAUAUGAAGAGCAAAAUUCGGACGACCACGUGUGUCCUAUUUCUGUUCACAAGUCUUGGAGUAUGCUCAGGAGGAUUUGGGAAUCCUGUCACAGAUGACGUGAGCAGGCUGAUGUUAUUGAAACACAAUAUUCCAAAGGAUUAUAACAUUUCUAUGCAUUAUAUUCCCAAAGAGAGGAGUGGUGUGUGCUGGGUUCUACUGAAUAUCUAUCCACUGGAACAAAGCCUCAGGGAACUGGCCCGGGUGUUUGGUGCCAUUUCUUCCAACAAAGAUAAUAUUGAGAUCUUCAUCACCAUGCUGCAAAAUCUACGCUUCAAAUUUGAUCAUGAGGAGCUGGAGGCAACAAUGCAAGUCUUUAAAUGCCACUAUAGGGCGGUCAAAUGGCCAUCUGGGCAGUAUUUCGACUAUAUCAGAGACAUUUUGAAUUCUGCAGCUCAGGGAGAAGGAGGAUUCCGCUGUGUGCCUCCACCCUGCCCUGCCCCUACUACACCAGGAAGUGAAGCACAGGAUCAUGAACAGACUCGGUCAAGGGGGAGUCUGCUGUCCCUGCUUCCGAUCCCAGUCACAGCCUGCGUGUUCCUCAUUGUGUGGGCGAUUAAAUCUAGAAGAGGAGGCUCCCCAGAGAGUAACCUUGAGAGAGCCAUAGAAGGCUGUCCACUGAUGUGGAACGGACCAUAA